UUUCAGGAAAAAUGCCGACGUUCGGACGUCGAGUUCCGAGACCAAAACUGGAUUUGCCAGCGCUCAGAGAAACAAUUCCCGAGGUGUUGAAAAACGGUGCUCUUGGUUAUAUCUGUCUGUCUGGUAGGAAUCUGAACGUUCCGGAAGAUAUGCUUCAUGGUGGAGUAAGAAUUGGAAGUGGUGAAGGACAAUCAGCAGUGUACCGCUUAAUAUACAAUGGAAUGGUUAUUGCAAGAAAAGAUGUAGCGGUAAGAUUACCUCAAGGCGGAGAUGAAGAUUCAACAAAUAAAUUAAUGGCAAAACGACUUAGAGAAGUGAAUGUAAUCAAUGGAUGUGCUCCAUGUCCGUUCAUUGUGCAUUUCUUUGGAUAUUACGUUCACAAGUAUAAAGACUGCGUGAAAAUUCAUAUCUUCAUGGAGGAAAUGGCGCUCAGUGCAUCCGUUCUCAAAAAAGAAGUACUGAAACGAGGCGGAAUAGUUCCCGAGUUUGUAAUAGGACGUAUCGCUUGCUCUGUAAUUCACGCAAUGUGGUUUUUGAAGGAGAAAAUGCAAAUCAUUCAUCGGGAUAUUAAACCAGGGAAUAUUUUGAUUGACUAUGAUGGGAGAGUCAAAAUUUGUGACUUUGGCAUAAGUGGAAUUCUUCAAGACUCCAUUGCCGUUUCAGCUACGGGAUGUCAGCAAUAUACUGCUCCAGAAAUCAAUGAACUAGCAAUGGUUCACUCACCAGGAUAUUCGAUCAAAAGUGAUAUAUGGUCACUGGGAAUCACCAUUUUUGAGCUUGCUACAUUGACAUACCCAUAUCCAGUUGGAAUCUCCGAGUUUACUCUCUCCUCUACGAUUAUGACGUCACCAGCACCUUCUCUCGAAAGGGGAAUUUACUCCGAUAGUCUUGUUGAGUUUGUUGAGCGACUACUUCAAAAGAAUAAAGAUGAUCGGCCAAGUAUUGUUGCUGUGCAGGAGCUCAAAUUUUUCGUGAAAAAUGACAUUCCAUUUUCGUGUAUCGGAACAGGAGUUGGUGAUUCCGACAAUGUACUGAAUGCAAGACCGUCUGUUGGAGCGUGGUUGGAUGAUUUCUUCUUUCCUAGAGACACGAUUCCGGUUAAAUGAUAUGAAAUUGUGUGUGGUGAAUUUGAUUUUAAGAAUUAACCAUUUGAACACACAUUAAAUUAUUUUAUUUUAAAAAUAAUUUUUUGCGGAUCGUUUGAUAUUUUGUCAUUGGUUUUGUCUUGCUUUUUCAUUGCAUUAAAAUAUAAUUAUUUUAAAUAUUUUAGAUUUAUCAGUUAUUGGUUUUUUUGAAUAACUUUUCAUGCUGC